UUAAGUGUGUUGUUGGUAAUACUGCGAAAAAUUAUUAACAGUGACUAAAUACUUAGUAAAUAAAGAAUUCUACAGUCGCAACAAUUGUUUAAUUUUUUAAAUUCUUUUUAUUGUUGUAAGCCGACUUCAAAUAUACCGAAUACAUAAACAAAUUGAAAAUGAUAAGACACAAAGAAGUUUUAAGAAGUCGCUUUUUAUGCACACCUUUAGUAAAAAUGUGGGCCACAUUAAGUGUGUUACUUGUAAUAUUGCCAAAAAUUAUCAACAGUGACCCGGCUGUAGAUUUCUAUAAAAAAGUAAUAAACGAAAAUGUAGCAAAAGUUGAAAAUUACAAGUUACCAAAAAAUAACGCCGAAUUUAUAAAUGGGUCACAAGCAACAGAAAUCAAAGAUUUUGGUGGUUAUGAUUUUAUCAUAAUUGGUGCUGGUUCUGCUGGUAGCGUUCUUGCAACCAGACUUUCGGAAAAUGAAAAUUUUAAAAUUCUGCUUUUAGAAGCAGGAGGAGAUGAAAAUGAUUUUAGCACAAUUCCAUCAAUGUGGGUCAACUUGCAAAUGAGCAAUAUUAAUUGGGGUUAUCUUACCACACCUCAGAAAAAUUGUUGUCUUGGAAUGAAAAAUAGACAGUGUCUGGAGCCUCGUGGCAAAGCAAUCGGUGGUAGUAGCACAAUAAACGCAAUAGCGUAUGUGAGAGGUAAUCCCGAAGAUUACAACAAAUGGGAUCGACUAGGAAACCCUGGAUGGUCAUACAAGGAAGUUCUUCCCUAUUUUCUAAAGUCGGAAAAUUCUCAAGUUGAUGGUGAUCCAGGUUUUCAUGGAAAAGGAGGUCUUUGGAACAUUCAAUACUCUUUACCUCCAUCCGAAUUAUUUUCAAACUUUUUACAAGCGAAUAAAGAACUAGGUUUAGAAGCACUAGAUUAUAACGGCUAUCGUCAAAUCGGAGCAUCCAAGUCGCAAACAAACAUAAAACGUGGAAAGAGACAAAGUACCGGAACUGCUUUCCUAAGUUAUGCUCGAGAAAGACGUAAUCUAAAUGUUAUCACCAAAACAUUAGUAACUGAAAUUAUUAUCGACAAAAAAUAUAAAACUGCCGAAGGUGUUGUGUUUAUCAAAGAUGAUCAAAAAUUCAGAGCAAACGCUAAUUUAGAAGUCAUAGUUUCAGCAGGAGCGAUAAAUUCGCCACAGUUAUUAAUGUUAUCAGGAAUCGGUCCUAAAGAACACUUGGAAGGAAUAGGAAUCGAUUUAAUUGCAGAUUUACCAGUUGGAAAAAAUUUGUUAGAACAUCCAAUGUUUCCAGGUUUAGCUUUCCGAACAAAUUAUACAGUGUUUGCUGAAAGUUUAAACGAACAAAUAAAAAGUUUUUUGAAAGGUAAAGGUCCACUAUCGACUGCCGUAGAAGCUGUGGCUUUUAUGGCAGGUCCAGACAAUAUUCCAUCAAUUGAAUAUAUCUUUAUGCCCCAAACUGGUACCCCAUCAGCCUUUGACAUGUUUAAUUUCAAUCAAGAACUGGAAAACACAUAUUUGGCUAAAAUAAACUCAACCACCGAUUUUAACAUCUUCGUCGUUUUGCUUCAUCAAAAAUCCAAAGGAGAAAUUCGACUAAAAUCCAAAGACCCGAUUGAUUUUCCCGAAAUUGAUCUCAACUUAUUUGAGAAACAAGAAGACGUCGACACUCUUAUAGAAGGUAUCAAUUUUGUUAUAAAACUGACAAAAGCACAAGCAUUUCAAGAUAUUAAUGCUACACUCAUUGACAUUCCGAUUUGUCAAGAAUAUGAAAAAUAUUCGAAAAGUUUCUGGAACUGUGCUAUUCGUCACAUGAGUAUGACUAUGUACCAUCCAUGUGGAACAACAGCCAUGGGUCCAAAUAGUACCACUGCGGUCGUAGACAACCAACUAAGGGUAUAUGGAAUUGAAAAAUUAAGAGUUGUAGAUGCUGGAGUUAUGCCUUCCACAGUGUCCGGACAUCUAAAUGCACCCACCAUUAUGAUAGCCGAAAAAAUUUCUGAUGUAAUCAAAGCUACUUACAACUAAUAAAACUAACUGUAAAUAUUAUUAUUUUCCCUCCUAUUUAUGAC